AUGGGGAAUGCAUCUGGACGACAGCUAACGUGCUUUAUUUCAACGCCUUGUAGCAUCUCCAGAGCAUCUGCAAUUGUUACAGCAAUAUUGGACCGCAAUCUUUCGUCGCAAGUAUCAAAUGCCAGGUUUUGUGCUGGAGAACUUGGACUUCGUUGUCUUGUCUUUUUUGUUGAAACGUACCCAGCUGAGUCGGCAAUGAUGCGACGAGGUCGUGGUGGCUAUCACUUUGUUAAGGCAGCGAUAGCUGUUGUACGCAUUUUAAGUCUGAGGUUACACUUGAUGGACACAGUAGGUAACCCUGGUCCAUUUCCUGUUACAUGCACGCUCUAUUGGCAGCUUAUAAAGCACGAGACUGAAUUCUUUCACUUCUUUUCGCUCGCGUUUUUAGUAUUUGAAGAGUUAUUCUGUGAAGAAGUAGCAACUAAUUUGUGGAUGAAAGACAUGGAUACAUGUUCUAUGGCAGUAAUGGAUAAGUUAGUGGGUGCUGUUGAUUUGAAGCUCGAGAAUGAAUUGAAGAAAGCACCUUUGGAGCUUGCAGACUUGCAAGACCUUUGUAGUAAUGGUCGGUACAUUGUUGACAAGAUGAACGAAAACAGGCGAGCUGCUGAUAUCGAUAAAAAGACGUUCAAGGACGGCGAGUCGGGUUUGGUAUCACGAUGGAGUCAGCACCAGAAUCCAAAAAGGAAAACAUUGCAAGAAAUUGGUAGAACAUGGGGUAAAGAGGAGAAAGAUGAGUGUUACAAAAACAACGUUUAUCGGCUAAAGCCGCGAAUGCCUGAAAUUGAACGCCAUCAUAGCGACAAUUUACAAGUGAGUGGAACAACCAGCGACGCUAAAGUAUCACCGAGACGCUCAAAAGCUGUAGAAAUCGACAAAAUCGAUCCGUUGGAGCAAACAGCGAUCGACUCGUCUCACGAUCUAUUUGCAGGACUUACGACAAAAACGAAGUUGGCAUUAGACGAGUCAAAGAAUAUUGAAAACGUCGCAAGCCUUGAGCUAGCACCAGUAGCUUAA